AAAAAAAUAAGCUUUCGCUAAAUAAUACAAUGGUUUUUAUAGAAAAAUCUUAGAAAAAUUAUAAUAAAUAAAAGCUCAGCUAGCUUAUAAAUAAUGAUAAUCUGAUCCCCAACCACUAAUAUAACCGUAGGUGGAAAAAAAUGGUGUUUAAUAUUAUAGAUAGUACGUAAUUGAAAUUUAAUUAUGGCAACAAUGAUGUAUCCUAGUCUCACUAAAUCUCAAAGUAUGCGAACCAAGAGAAAAUCGGCAGUGGAACUCUUAGCCGAAAGCAAACCUUUUUAUGUCAAAUCAGAAACGGUUAGAGACACUACACAGGCACUUCCAGUGAGACCUAAUUCCACUGCUGCUGCUUAUGGUACUUACAAUCGCAUUAAGUCUGUGAACGUGGCUGGCCAUGGGUCCAAUUACAGACCAACAACUCUACCAAACUAUAUGGCUGUUUCUCCUUCAAGAUCUCUUCCGCCGUUAACGCAUCGCCGUUCCGUUUAUUCCACAACAAACACUGAUCUACUUCAAAACCGACUACGUCAAUUAUUGGUGUGCGACAGCGCCGAAGAAUUACGAGUCGAUCAAAUGGCCCCGUUGAGUCCUCCCGCCGAAUACGCACAGCGUUGUCACAAAAGUCUGCCCGAUCUACACUGCCGUGAACCCAGUUCUAACAAAAGCAGCAACAAGAGCCUUUCUAAUCGCGAUAGCGGCGGUUCAAGUGGUCAUUAUACGCAGAGGAGUGAACCUCCACCUUCUCCUCGACAGGAGGUCCGCCGUGAUUCCGGUUCAAGUACGCAACACAGCGGAGGAAGUUCUUAUUAUUGUUGCCAAGAACCCGAAUGUCGUGCCUCGCGUCAUGUUUAUCCACCACCGCCGCAACUUUCUCCUGGCCUACCUCAACCACCUGCCAAUUUUAAACGUCAGAAAUGUUUACGAUACAAACGGGAUAGACCUAUUCUGAGGUCCAAAUCGGAUAUUAGCGAUCGAUACAGAAGACCCGCCGAACCGCCUCAUCUUCAAGAUUUCUUUGAACGUUUAGGCCUUUCCGGGGAUAGAUAUGAAGAAAUGCUGACCCGAAGUGAUUCAACAGAUAGUCCGAUAUUCUUCUCGGAAGUGUCAUCAGUAGAUUCGAGUAGGCCGAUCGAGAACGUCGAAUAUUGUCCGUCUGCUUACAGAUCCGGUGAUCCGCCUUCGAUCGUCGAAAGAAACGCACGAAUCAUCAAAUGGCUGUGUAAUUGUAAGAAGGUGCAGUUACAGUUAUCUUGAGAUUUGGAUAUCGGCGAUGACUAUUUCGUCUAAAAUCGCCAAUCAUACUUUUUUUAUUCGUCAUUUAACGAGUAUCAUAUAGAACAAGCAGUGACGUCGUUUUAGGAUUUCGUUUAAUUGAAGUGUUUUUUUUUAUUAAAGAAGAAAAGUAAUCAAAACCAAUUUGCAAUUAGGAAAGGAGAAGCUUGAGUUUGGCUACUAGUUUUAUUGCUAGACCCAUCAUCAAGCUUCCUUCGAGUGGUUCAGUACCAGAGUUGCUUAACCAACCAGGUUUCGUGUAUUGUUAUUUUAAAAUCAUUUCUAUCCGUGCCGAAGUUGCCUAUUCUUUAAAAUUAUAAUUUACA